AUGACUCCCCUAUCUAAUAUAUCAAAUGCUUUAUCUAACAAUCCUUAUAAAGGUCCAACAUCCUCAUCCAAGCAGUUUUCUCCCGGAGUGCACAACUUAAAACGAAAGUCUGCACAUAUAUCUCCUAUACGUAUGUUCGACCUAACAACAGAUUAUGAGAGAAAAAAUGAUUUUUCUUCAGCUAAAGAGAAACGAAAACUAAGUAAGUUAUAUUUGGAUAUUAGAAAAUAUAAAAAUAAAUCAACCAUAUCAAACGGUCAAAGUUCGUCUGCAACGCCACACGUUAACACGAGCCUGAAUGGUGAUGUCUUUAACCGGCGUCAACAUUUAAACUCUUCAAAAAAGCUCACACAUACUUCCUCUCAAAAGGAAAAUAUCACCUCUGACAAGACUCCUCAAUAUCAUUCUACAACCUUGCCAUCUCCUUCAAAUCUAAAUUUUAGGAGUCCACUUUCCAAUAUCUCAAAUGCUAUUUAUAGCAGUCAACAUAAUGUUCCAACACACUUAUCAAGUAACCGACGAUUUUCAUCAUCUUCUAAUUCCAAGAAAUCAAGCAAUUUUUCGACGGCCACACACAAUCAAAAUUCUUCACGAGUACACAACUCAAAAAGAAAGUCUGCACAUAUAUCUCCUAUACCUAUAUUUGGCUUAACGAGAGAUGAUAAUAUUAAUGGUGGAGAUAUUAUCCAACCCACACAUGUUGGUAUAUCAACAAGUUAUUUAGAUCAUGGUGAUCAGAAUGUUGUUUGUGAACUAUGUCACGCUAAAUUAUGGAAAGACGAAUCUUCGAGAGGCAAUAAAACAGGGGAUAAAAUCUUUUCUCUAUGUUGUGGUUAUGGGAAGGUAGAACUACCUCCUUUAAAAGAGCCACCGCAAAGUUACAAACAACUUUAUCUUGAGAUAAAUUCUAAAAGCAAAUACUUCAUGAAAAACAUUCGUCGUUACAAUUCAAUGGGGACCAAGCAUGACUCUACAUCAACUGAUGAUUCAACUGAUCUUCAAAUUAUAGAAUAUUUGAAGCUUAUGUUGGAUUCAAAUAACGAGUUGGUCAAGUGUUAUAGGAUGGUUAGAGAUGUUUUUAAUUCAAAUCCUCGUGCUGACCUAAAGUUAAGAAUUAUUGGAAAAAGAAAACAUGAUGGAAGGACAUAUAACCUACCAACUGCAUCUGAGGUUGCCGCUUUAAUUGUAGGAGACAUUGGUGAUUUUAUUGAUAACAGAGACAUUGUAGUGCAAACUUCGUCUGGAGCUCUACGUCGUAUCAGUGAAUUACAUCCUUCUUACCUUGCUCUACAAUAUCCUCUACUAUUUCCAUAUGGUGACGAUGGUUAUAGAGUUGACAUCCCCCAUAGAGGUGUUACGUCUUCGAGCAAUAGCAAGCGUUCGAACACUACAAUGAGGGAAUUUUUCGCUUACAGAAUUCAAGACAGGGAUAAUUAUUUUUCAUUGAUUUUGAAUUCAAGAAGGCUUUUUCAACAAUUUUUGGUAGAUGGUUAUACAAUGAUUGAAAGCGAGAGAUUAUAUUACUUACGGAAGCAACAAAAAGUUCUCCGAUGUGAAUCUUAUGCUAAAUUGCGUAAGUUUCAAGAUCAAGGGAAUAAGAAUAUUUCGGAAUUGGGCCAACGGGUUAUAUUACCUUCUUCUUUUACUGGCGGUGCACGUUACAUGAUGCAAAACUACUUAGACGCCAUGUCGCUUUGUAAGUGGUUUGGAUAUCCUGAUUUUUUCAUAACAUUUACAUGCAAUCCAAAAUGGCCAGAAGUUCGAAGAUUUCUUAAAGACACUACUCUUAAUCCAGAGGAUAGACCUGAUAUCCUAUGUAGGUUGUUUAAUAUCAAACUUGAUGCAUUGAUUAAAGACCUAUGCGAAAAUGCAAUAUUUGGCAUGGUUCAAGCAGUUGUGUAUACAAUUAAGUUUCAAAAGCGCGGUUUGCCUCACAGUCAUAUUUGUCUAUUCAUGCAACCUGAUUACAAGCUUCCUACCGUGGAACACAUUCAUCAAUUUAUUUCAGCUGAGAUUCCCGACAUUAACCAAGAUCAUGCUUUGUAUAAACUUGUGAAGGAGUUCAUGAUACAUGGUCCAUGUGGUGCUCAAAAUGUUAAUUGCCCUUGCAUGGUGGAUAACAAAUGCUCUAAAAACUUCCCAAAGAAUUUCUCUGAACAUACUUCAAUUGAUCAGAAUGGUUUUCCUGUAUAUAGGAGAAAAAAUGAUGGAUCGUUUGUCGAAAAAUCUGGUGUCCAGUUAGAUAACAGAAAUGUUGUUCCAUACAACAAAUACCUGUUGAAACGAUACCAAGCACACAUAAAUGUUGAAUGGUGCAAUCAAGGAUCUUCCAUCAAGUAUUUAUUCAAAUAUAUUAAUAAAGGUCCCGAUAGAGCAACUGUUGGUUUUGUACAAAGCAAUAAUGACUGUGAUAAAGAUGAUACAGUCGAUGAGAUAAAAGAAUACUAUGAUUGUAGAUAUCUUUCUGCAUGUGAAGCAUCCUGGAGAAUUUAUGGAUAUGAUGUUCAUUACAGGCAUCCUUCAGUGAUGAGACUUCCUUUUCAUCUUCCAAAUCAACAACAAGUUAUCUACGGUGCAGAUGACGACAUCUACAAUGUUCUCAACAAGCCUUCUGUUGCUUCUUCCAUGUUCACAUCUUGGAUGGAGUGCAAUAAAGUUUACAAACAAGCAAAAAAACUAACUUAUGUUGAAUUUCUAACAAAGUUUGUUUGGAAGCUUGAUUUGAAAACUUGGAAGCCAAGGGAGGUUGGAUAUUCGAUUGGUAGAAUUCAUUCACUGUCACCUAAUCUUGGUGAAACAUAUUUCUUAAGAAUUCUUUUAAACAAAGUGAAAGGACCAAAAUCAUUUGAAGAAAUCCGCAUGGUUAAUGGUGAAAUAUGUCCUUCAUUUAGAGAUGCAUGUUAUGCUCUCGGCCUCUUAGAUGAUGAUAAAGAAUACAUCGAAGCAAUUAAGGAAGCAAGUCAAUCUGGAUCCGGUUAUUACUUACGUUUCUUAUUCGUUAUCAUGUUAUUAUCUCACAGUUUGUCUAGCCCGGAUGUUGUGUGGGAAAAUACAUGGGAAUACUUAUCAGAUGGAAUUCUUUACACUCAACAACAAAGAUUAAAAUCUCCAGGUCUAUCACUUAAUGAAGAUCAAAUUAAGAACCUAACUUUGUUUGAGAUUGAACAAAUUUUACUUCGUAACAAUUCAAGUCUCAAAAACCUUACAAGAAUGCCUUUACCCGAUGUUGAUUAUGUGUCCUCUUCAAACAAUCGUCUUAUUAGUGAGGAACUAGAUUAUGACAUACCAAAUUUAAAGAACGAGUUUGAAUGGCUUUAUAUUGCAUUAACAUCCGAGCAACGAAACAUUUUUGAUGAUAUCAUGACUGCAAUAAAUAAUAAUGAAGGAGGUGUUUUCUUUGUCUACGGUUAUGGUAGAACAGGUAAAACUUAUCUUUAG